CGCGUUUGUGGAUGAUGCCAGAACCUCAUGGCAUAGCAAAUUGAUAACAUCAUGGCAUCGAGUUUCCCAAACCUCCGCAGGCUCUUCGUUGAAGCACAAACCGAUGCUGAAGAGAGCGUAUAUUCAAGAAAUGCUUUCUAUAAUCUUGUGCUUUUCAUGACAUCUGUCGCUGUCUUCAGCCUCGCUGCACAGAAAAUGAAUAGCUCACGUGUGGUCUUAUGAAUGGCAUCCGUGAGCUCGCGAUGGGACCAGGCUGUCGCCCGGAAUCAUAAAUUCCAGGGGUGGGACGCGAUGCACUUCAACGACAUACGAUCAUAAUAUCAUCAUACAAACACAGUAUCGAUCACUCGAUCCGCGUUGUAUGAAAGUUUCUGGGCUGCUUUGAAACAUCGCGCAUCACAAAUGAA